AUGGACCAAAUGUUCAACAUCAUGUUCAACGAGCCAGCAAUUACAAGCCCGUGCGGACUCAGAGCCUACAGUUCGAAACUUGGAAAGGUCAUCGGCGGCCCAUCCCACCAGAAACAACAUCGAAGCAAAGUCAAUCAAUUAUCACCUCACAGCCAUCAGAAAUUUUUAACAGCAUCCAAUCAAACAAGUCGGAAAGCAGGGAGACAGGAAAUUCCAGUCUCCUUCCACUACCAGAAAAUUCUGAACAAAUCUGCUUUUUCGACUCAACAAAAGAAAGUAAAAGAAAAUUUCGCGAACUUAAACGACUGCGUUGCUGUGGAGAAGGACGAUCAAUUCCGCUCCUUCUGCGAAGAAAUCACGCGAUUUGAAGACGGCAGAUAUUGCACGCCAAUACCAUGGACGACCGACAGAUGGAGACUGGAAAUCAACCACCAGAUGGCAGCAGUAAGACUGAGAAGCAUGCUGCACAAGCUCCGAAAAUCUCCAGUCGACUUGGCCAACUACACAAAAGAAAUCGAACAACUCAUAGCAAACGGAUUUGUAGAAGAGGCUUAUUUCAAUUACGAUGGCCUCCACACUUAUCUACCGCAUCAUCCAGUCUACCGAACAGACAAGGCCACCACAAAAAUCCGACCAGUUUUCGACGGCGCCGCAAGAUCCAAAUAUGGACCGAGCCUCAACGAUGUUCUGGAGACCGGACCAAAUCUUAAUCCUGAUCUCCUCUCGGUCUUAAUGCGCUUCCGGAUGAACCAGAUCGCCUGGAUUGCGGAUAUCGAAAAGGCCUUUCUCAACAUCGCGCUGCAGCCCGAAGACGCUGAAGCUGUCAGAUUUUAUGGCCAAGAAAACCGGAAGAACCCAACUCCGAUUUCAUCGCGUACAAAUGGAAAAGGAGUUCCAUUUGGGCUAAGCUCAAGUCCAUUCCUUUUAAGAGUCACUAUUAACAAACAUUUUCUCUCAGUCAAAUCUAGAUUUUCUACGACAGUCGAGCAGAUAGAAGAGCAGCUUUACGUAGACGACUACCUCGGAGGAGCAGACAACGUGCCAACAGCCAUAACUACGGUAGAAGAAACCGUCACGUUAUUCUCAGAGGCCCAACUCAACAUGAGGAGCUGGGCAACAAACAACAAGCAGCUCCGUGACUUUCUCACCGAAAAAGAAAUGUCGAACCAGAUUGUCGGAAUUCUUUCACCCACAAUAGACGGCCAGCAAAAAGGAGACAUAGGUUGGGACGAUGACGCCACACCCGAAGUGAAGAACACCUGGAGCAGCAUCAUAAAAGGCCUGAAGGAUCUACAUCAUUUGGAGAUCCCACGAUGGAUUGGAUAUUCAAAAACUUCCAUCGUCUCCGCAGAAAUUCACGUGUUCGGCAAUGCAUCAGAAGCAGCCUACGGAGCAGUAGCCUACGCACGGCUCCGACUGGAGAACGGAAUUCCCUACACCAUCCUCCUUGCAAGCAAAACCAGAGUGGCACCUCUCCCAAAAAAGAAAGAGAGAAAUUCCGAACCUCCCUUCACACCGAGUCAUGGAAAACGACUUACUGGACAGACUCCCUCGUCACACUUGGAUGGAUACGAGGAGAUACUUAUCGUUGGAGACCGUUCGUGCGAAACCAGGUGGAAACCAUCAGAAAAUUUUCCAACGCGGAUUGGUGGAGACAUUGCCCCGGAUUGGAGAAUCCAGCCGAUCUCGCUUCGCGCGGGAGCGCCAGCGCAUGCGCUGGUGGAAUCGAAACUUUGGUGGCACGGACCAGCCUGGCUGACAGAAGGAGAAAGCGAAUGGCCGAAUUCUCCAGAAAACCACUCCACCGAAACUCAAGAGAAAAUCGAGGAAGAGGAGACAAAGAAACAGCAACUGUCUCCUUUGCAGCAGUCGAAACAGCCCAGCCGAUUGAAUGCCUGGGUCCUCAGAGCACUCAACCGUAUGAAGAAAAGAACGCGCGACCCAGGACUAGAACUAAAAGAAGUCAUUACAGUCGCCGGAAAAGAAAUAACGAUCGACAAGAUAGUCACCGAAGAGCUGAACGAAGCGGAGCUAGCCAUCUGCAGACAGCUCCAAAUAGAACGCUAUCCCAAAGCUUUUCCGGACACUCCAGCUCGGACUGCAGAUUCACCCAAAGGAGAAAAUAGCAUCGCUCCGACCGGUCUGGGACAAUCCGGGAUCGACUCAUCCGAGUCAUUGGAAGAGUGGCGCUCGCCCUCAGGGAUCGAGACAUUCAACCACCGAUCCUUCUCCCAGCAAACCAUCCUGUUGAGUAAAGACGACACUCAGCGCCGCUACCAGCCAACCGACUCCCGCGAUGCCAGGGCAUUCGAAAUAACCGGAACCGAUUUCGCUGGCCCGCUGUACUACAAAAACGCAACUCCGAAAAGGAAAUCCAAGUCGGCGCCAUCCGUCGAACAAGUCAUUCCGGAACCUCCACCAGAAGAAGAGAACCCGGAUGCAGCGGAGCUUCCCACCGAAGAAGCUCCCGAAGAAGAAGACGAUGGCGACCAACCGAAUCCGACACAACAAGUCAACAAAAAGCAACCCAAGAGUUACAUGUGCAUCUUUACUUGUGCCGUGACGAGAGCGAUUCAUCUGGAGUUGACCAAGGACAUGACGGCUCGCUCCUUUCUGUUAGCUUUCCCGUCGAUUCUCCGCCAGAAGAGGCCCAGUGUCAGUGAUGUACAGUGA